UGUGCUUGAUUACUGAAGAAGAGCUGAAGAGCGGUAGUAGUAAGCGCUCGCUCCGAGCCAUUCGCUCGGAUUUGGUUUCUGACUCUUGGUGAGAAAUCCACAACAGUCUCUGCGUGGGCCACAAACUCCAUCACAACUGUGAAGACCAACUGCGAGUUUCUGCAGUGACCUGAAAUUGAAAGCACACCCUGUGACGGAAAGUUGGCAGCGCAAACUCAUACGUGGGCCAUAAAACACGGGAAGAUACUCGAGGACCAUGGGGAAGAAGUCGCUCGUUGCUUGCUUGGUGCUAGUCAUUGCGGCUGUUCUGGUUGUUUGCCUUUGUCUUCUUUUACGGGUUAAACGUAAUCACUGCUACUCCAAAGCCUCAGUAGCAGCCGACGCUGGGAAAUGUUCUGAGAUCGGCAGGGACGUGUUAAAGCGUGGUGGCUCUGCUGUGGACGCCGCCAUCGCAGCGCUGUUGUGUGUCGGACUGUUUAACGCUCACAGCAUGGGCAUCGGAGGAGGACAUUACUUCAUCAUCUAUAACGGCACUACAGGAAAGGUGGAGACGAUCAACGCGAGGGAAAUGGCACCCCUAAAAGCCAGGUUUGAUAUGUUCGGCAACAACUCACAGCUCUCAAAAAAAGGAGGCCUGUCCAUCGCGGUCCCCGGUGAGCUCCGUGGCUAUGAACUGGCACACCGGCGUCAUGGCCGCCUGCCGUGGAAGGAGCUGUUUAAACCGAGCAUCCAGCUGGCACGUGACGGCAUCCGAGUCAGCAGAGCUCUCGCCAAAUCCAUGUGGGAUAACCAGGAGGCCAUUCAGGCUGAUCCAGCACUGUGUGAAGUAUUUUGUGAUUCCAACAAAACAGUCCUGAGGGAAAACGACACUAUCAGAUUUCCACGGCUAGCAGACACCUACGAGAGGAUCGCUGAGGAAGGAGCUGAUGUGUUUUAUAAUGGCUCCAUGGCUAAAACGAUAGUGAAUGACAUCCGGGCUGCAGGUGGUGUUAUAACACUUGAAGACCUGUCAGGGUAUACACCAGAGUUGAAUGAAAGCUCAUUGAAGAUAAAUGUAGGAGAAUACACCAUGCAUUUUCCCGAUGCUCCAUCUGGCGGUCCUGUGCUAGCACUAAUGCUAAACAUUUUGGACGGUUAUAAUUUCUCACCCAGCAGUGUGUCGACUACAGAGAAGAAGACGCUCACUUAUCACCGCAUCAUCGAGGCUUUCCGCUUCGCCUUCGCUAAGAGGAGCAGGCUGGGAGAUCCUCGCUACCUCAACAUCACUGAUCUCAUCCACAACAUGACCUCAGACUACUUUGCUGAUGACAUCCGCAGUAAGAUCACAGAUAACACCACGCACCCAGAGAGUUUCUAUGGGCCGGAAUACUUUAACCCUGAGGAUCAUGGGACGGCUCACCUGUCCAUCAUCGCUGAGGAUGGGAGCGCCGUGGCUGUGACCAGCAGCAUCAAUCAGUAUUUUGGUUCUAAAGUGAUGUCACGUUCCACUGGAAUCAUCUUUAAUGAUAAUAUGGAUGACUUCAGUUCUCCAAACAUCCCAAACACAUUCGGCAUUCCUCCUUCUCGUAGUAACUUCAUCCAACCAGGUAAAAGGCCGCUCUCGUCCAUGAGCCCAACCAUCAUCUGCGACAAACACAACAAAGUUAAAAUGGUCGUGGGAGCUUCAGGUGGGACGAAGAUCACCACGGCAACGGCUCUGGUGAUCCUGAACGCACUGUUCUUUAACUACGAUCUGAAGAGAGCUGUAGAGGAACCCAGAGUCCACAACCAGCUCAACCCCAAUUACAAUGAGGUGGAGCAGGACUUCAUGAAGAGUGUGAUAGACAGACUAGCUCAGAAGAAUCAUGUGACAAAGCUGCAGAACACCACUGCGGUGGUUCAGGCCGUGGUGAGGCAGGAUGAUCAGAUCUGUGCUGCAUCGGACCCACGGAAAGGAGGAUAUCCCGCCGGCUACUGAAACAAACUUUAAUAAUAAUCAACUUUUAUCUGUACAGCUUUGCUAAAGCAGACAUUUACGCAAGUCUGAAUGAAUCAUACAAAUCAUUAGAACGUUUUCAAUACACAGAACCUCCCUCCAUAUACUGUUUAUUUUAUAUAUUGAUGGAAAACAAUUCAAAAGGAAAAUCAUCCAUGUUGAGGUGGUGACAGUAACUUUGCUUCAGAACACCACCCUGUCAUUGAUUAUUUCCUAUAACAGCAUGUCUUAAAGUGUUUUAUUCCUCUUACUCCACAGCAAUUUGCCAAUCAUUACACAAUUUUUAAAAAUCCAUUUAUAGCUAUGUUUAAUGUUGUUAAUGUUCUCACUUGAGUUACAGCAGCUAUAAACAGUCGUUCCCUCACCAGCCCUCUCUUCUUCUCACAAAAGACAAAAAAACAAACGCAGCUCGUCAUGUCACUGAGAAAUCCUGUCCUGGAGAUGUCUUGAAGUUACAGCUUUACCUCUGACUUGUACAAAACCCCUGACACUGGAGACUCCUUCCACGAAUGUUAAAUAAACGUCUCUUUACAGAAAACUUCACCAGACCAACGAUUUUUUAAAAUCUGCGUAUGUGGAUAGUACACAUCCCUGUGAAUGAGCUGUCACUAUAGAAACGAUGAUGUAAUAGAACGAAUGCGUCAAUAUAAACCUGUGAUUUCCAGCUGCGCUACUGUCAGAGCUGCUGUUGUAGAAACUGAGUCAAAACAUUCUGACCAAUCACAAUCCAGACCUCUCAUUAAUGUGACUUUGUUCAUUUACAUUAAAAACAACUGUAACACUAAUAAUUUGUCCCAAAAGAGAGAUUUGUUAGUUAAAUAACAUUAUAUUACAACAGAAAGCUGUCUGUAACAUCCAGCCUGGACAAUUCUAUGCCAGACCACCAGAGGGAGCCCUCUCCCAAAUUUUUAAUCACCUCUAUUCUCAUACUCAUUUCCUGUGUGUUAAGUAUAAAAAGCACAUGGACUUUUGUCUUAUUGUGAAGCAUUACAGAUUGUGGUGUCUUGAGUUCUGAGUCUUUUAUUCUGGAAGGGUUAUGUGUGUAUGACCCUGCUGUGUCAUGUCUUGUCCUUGCCUUUUCCUGACCCUUUUAGAUUUGAUAUAUCUAUAUCUGACUUCUGGAUUAUUAACUCUGUCUAGCCUUUUGAAGAUGAUUUUUGGAUAAUAUUUUACAUUGUUCUCUGUCUGUGAUUAUUUGGGUUUUGACCCUGAUUUUUACUUUAAUAAACCUCAUUGCAAACGGA